AUAAUCCAAGCAUUUAACGAAUCAUAUGAACUCUGAAUUCUUUGAAAAUAUUUUUACGUCUUGUAAAACUUUUUGCAGGAAACCUGAUAAUAAGAACACAACACUUGUCAGAUCCCAUCUGGUUUCGUCCCCUUCAAUUCCCUUUGUCUUCUUCCUCUGCAUAUCGAGAUUUUCCCUUCUUUUGAUUAAUGGGUUUUCUUAGAUUUUCGUGCGGCGUGGAGUAAUCUGAUACGUUUCUACGAUCAUUUCCAUCGGUUUCCGAGAAAGUCUCCAUCUUUCCCGCGAACGGUUCGUCGAAUUUAGCAAACGGAAUCGAUUGAAGACCAGAAACAGGUCAAGGACGAGAAAGAAUGCCGUCUCAGAUUCUGCCCAUUUCAGCCCUUCCGCCCAAAUCGUCGCUCGCGACAGAAAUGUUCUUCAAACCUCAGGUUUACGAUGACCCAUCGACGAGUCUCCUCGUCUCUUCUCGAUUCGAUGACGGCCACUCGAUUUCCUCCGUCAAGCCCCUGCUUUCCCGCGCCGCAAGCUUCACCGCCUCCACCACGACGGCGCCCUCCACCACUGGCUGCGGCGGAUUCGCCGGUUGGUAUCAGAAGACACGGCGGCGAACCAACAGCGAUAACUGCUUGUCUGCGCUUCCCAAUGACGCUAAUGCCGCCGUCGACGGCGGAGAUGAUCACCGGCAAUCUCUGGGCGAGGAGGUAGAACACGCCGCCGCCGAAACGUUCCUUUUGACUCGCCUGAGCUUGAAGCUCUUGAGAUAUCUAGGGGUAGGUUACAGAUGGAUCACAAGAUUUCUGGCUCUUGGUUGCUAUGCAAUUCUUCUGAUGCCUGGCUUUAUUCAGGUCGGAUAUUACUAUUUCUUCUCUCGUCAGAUCCGUAGGAGUAUAGUUUAUGGUGAUCUACCGAGAAAUAGGCUUGAUCUGUAUCUUCCUAAAAACUCGGAUGGUCCAAAGCCCGUUGUGGCAUUCGUGACUGGUGGAGCCUGGAUUAUCGGGUAUAAGGCAUGGGGUUCUCUUUUAGGACAGCAGUUAUCAGAAAGAGGCAUUAUAGUCGCAUGCAUAGAUUACAGGAAUUUCCCUCAGGGAACUAUAAGUGACAUGAUACAGGAUUCUUCUCGGGGCAUCUCAUUUGUCUGCAAUCACAUUGCUGAGUACGGAGGUGAUCCUAACCGAAUUUAUCUUAUGGGACAGUCUGCUGGUGCACAUAUCGCGGCUUGCACCCUUGUAGAGCAAGCAAUCAAAGAAUCGGGAGAGGGAGAUACCGUGUCCUGGAGCGUUGGACAGAUAAACGGUUAUUUUGGUUUGUCUGGAGGGUACAACCUUUUAAACCUGGUAGAGCACUUCCAUGGCCGGGGACUGUAUCGUUCCAUCUUCACGAGCAUUAUGGAAGGAGACGAAGCUUUGAGACGGUUUUCUCCUGAACUGAUAGUACAAGACCCGAACAUCAGACAUGCUGUUUCCCGUCUUCCGCCUGUAGUUCUUUUCCAUGGUACCGCCGAUUACUCCAUCCCCUCGGAUGCAAGUAAAAGUUUUGCAGAAAUCCUCCAGAGGCUUGGAGUUAAAGCAGAAGCGAUCCUUUACGACGGUAAAACGCACACAGAUCUGUUUCUUCAGGAUCCAAUGAGGGGAGGGAGAGAUGAAAUGUUCGAAGACAUAGUGUCGGUAGUUCUGGGAGACGACGAGGAAGCUCUUGCUAAAAGCGCGGCCCUGCCGCCGAGGAGGAGGCUUGUGCCUGAAUUCAUGUUGAAGCUGGCUCGAUCCGUCAGCCCUUUCUGACAGAUUCAUUCUGCAGUUUUCUUCCUCCAAAACGAUACAGGUGAUUGAUCCAGUUGUACAGAUUAUAAAAAGGGUCGGCGGUCAUCAGACAGGAACAGAACAGAGAGUGUAGUUCAUGGUAAUGGAGAUGAUGACAGAUUUUUUACUUGGCAAAAAAAUACUGCCGUGGUGGAAUGGAGAUUCAGUUUUUCUUUA